AUGACUUGGCAAGAGUACUACCAACACCAACCUGAACAAUACUAUGAGCAUGAUGAUCAUCUACUUUCAAUGUUGGCACCGCCUGCUCUUUGGCACUACACCAAUCUCUCUAAUGACAACAAGUUAGACCCAAUUAGUCACUCAUUGAACCCAAUGCUUCCACAGCAUGUCGAUGUCCAAUGCAACCUUCCCUUUACAACGACAUCAACAGCAACAACAAUCUCAACAACAACAUCGACAUCAUCCCAUCAUCCAAUCAAUCUCGACAGCGACGAGGAUGAUACCCCACACGUGGUCACACAUGGACACAAGUAUAACGUUGGUGAUUGUAUAGAGGCCAAGUACAUCGGAGAUAUUAAUCGUUAUAUCCAUUCAUUUUGGCCUGCCACCAUCACUGAACUCAUUGUGGAUGCCAAUGGUAACCUACUCUACAAUGUCCAAUUCAAUAACAAAGAUGAAUCGAAUGAUGGUACCAAGGUCAGGAGUUCAAUCCUCUGCGCAGAGCAAGAUAUCAUUCACCGGGAUGAUUACAGUAAAGAUUGUCUAUACUUGGAUAAAGACAACUUGCCAGGGCUCGAUCAACUACUCUUUGUCAUGCUCCACACCAAGACGAUUGCAUUUCAUAAGGAAUCCAAGAAGAAGGCACCCCAUGGACUCUUUUGGUACAGGGCUCGUCGACUUAACCCGUCCAACAUGGACAAUCCCAAUGUGAACAAACAUCUUGGUUUGCAUCUCGAGCUUGUGGACUUCGAUCCACCAACUCACGCUCUUCUCGCGUUCAAGAACAUUGAAGUAGGAAGGUUGUACACCUUCAACCAACCUGUCGACUUAACCAAAUCAGUGAUCACUAACAAGAAGCAACUCCUCGAUAGGUUCAAAGCGACUGGUGGCCUAAACACUGUCUUGCUCACUUACCUAGUUGAGUCGACAAUCAAAGUCAUGGAUUUGCAACAUUUGGUACAAACUCGAGAUGUUAGAGCAGAAGGACACUACAAUCAGCGUAGUUCACGUAGGACAGUCAACAAGUUGAUCAAUUCAAAGUUUGGAAUCAUCACCGUAUCAAUCAAUCACCAUCACUCUGUGUUGUUCACAAUCAUUGCCAACAAACAUGCCUAUCUUCUGCAUCUGGAUUCUCUCAACUUCAUAUCGCACUUGGACUACGCACACAGACUCUAUGCUGAUUUCAAGGUUGCUGUCAACGAGAUGUAUCCAGACUGUGUGCUCGUUCCCAUCAAGACCCUUCAGAAGAAGGUGCAGAGAUGUAAUUGGCGAUGUGGACUCUAUGUGUACAAGUUCGUAAGGUCCUUCCUGUACCUGAUCACCACCACAGACAACAUUGGUGAGGAUCAGUUGAGCCAAUACCUCCAAUCGAUGACAUGUCUGAAGUGCAGUGAUCUUGAAGACUUUGACAAUGUUGAACAAACUAUUCAAAUGUACAUAAGCAGCUUGCGAUCAACCUUGUAG